ACCACAGAGCCUGCAGGUGUGAGCUGGGAGCCCCGAGGACGCUAUGACAAAGCUGAAAGAGCCCUGGGCCUUCUUCCCUGGCCUGACUGUGCUUGGGAGGGCUGUCCAGUGUUGUGGGAGUCCCUAAGGAGCACCAGUCUCCUGUCUCAUCCCAGGUCUACAAACUGCUGACCACAGCAGAUGCAGAGCUACCCAAAGGGUUACCAAGAGCAUCUCCCUGAAGAGUCUCCCAGGCUGAGAGGAUUCUGGGUGUCCUAGGACUAAGGACUUUGGCAGAUGUUCCGAAGGGCCCUCCGAAGUCCUAACCUCUCCAACCAAAGCAUGCAUCUAAGCUGAGCCCCCGCCCCAAGCUUUGAUGACAGGAAAUCAAAUUUCUCUAAGCCAUGUACUUCCGAGUGUUCUGCUGAGGAACGAUGGGAGGUCAACCCAGCAGAGGGAAAACCCUGCCAAGCCCCAGCUCAAGCCCCUCUGUCCAAGAACCGGGCCCUGUGCCCAUGCAAGCAGAGAGAAGCAGGGCCACAGCUGUGGCCCUGGGCACCUUCCCGGUAGGCGAGCACACGGAGCUGUCACUGAGCCUGGGGGAUCCAUUGACUAUCAUCUCUGAAGAUGGAGACUGGUGGACAGUGGUAUCAGACGCUUCAGGCACAGAAUACAGCAUUCCCAACAGUCUCGUGGCCAGAAUCUCCCACAGGUGGCUGUAUGAGGGCCUGAGCCGGGAGAAAGCUGAGGAACUGCUGUUGCUGCCUGGAAACUCUGGAGGCGCCUUCCUCAUCCGGGAGAGCCAGACCAGGAGAGGUUGUUACUCCCUGUCAGUCCGCCUUAGCCGCCCUGCAUCGUGGGACCGGAUCAGACACUACAGGAUCCAUCGCCUUGAUAAUGGCUGGCUGUAUAUCUCACCACGCCUCACCUUCCCAUCACUCCAGGCCCUAGUGGAUCACUAUUCUGAGUUGGCAGAUGACAUCUGCUGCCUCCUCAAGGAACCCUGUACCCUGCGGAGGGCUGGCCCACAGCCUGGCAAGUCCAUACCCCUACCUGUGACUGUGCAGAGAGCACCACUCAAUUGGAAAGAGCUGGACAGCUCCCUCCUGUUCUCUGAAGCACCUACCCUAGGGGAGUCCCCUCUCCUCAGUGAGGGGCUCCGGGAGGCCAUCAGCUCUUACAUCAGCCUAACUGAUGACAGCUCCUUGGAUGAUGCCAUGGCCCAAAGCAGAGGCCAAAAGGGAAUCCAACGCUACAACACCUAGACCCCCAGCUCAGCUCAGCUCGAGCACUCUAGAGGCAAAUUCAGGGUCCCACUUGCAUUCUGUGCUCCUUUCUCUCUCGGCCCUAAGAAGUCACUUAACCCCCUCCCAGUGUCACAAAUCCACCUGCAACCUCUAAUUCAAGUACAGACCAGCUGAGAACAGGGACAGGGCUCCAAAGAGACGAAACCUCUGGGGUUUGACCCAGUUUGACCUGAGUUGGGAUUUCCAUCUUCCUCCCCUGCCUAUUGGA